AUGGGCAAUUGCAUCAGCGGCUGCUGCGGCGACAAAAAGCCUGAGGAGACGCCUGUGAAAGACGAAGCUUCCACUCAAAAGGCCGAAACCGCUGGCGCGCCUGAGCUGCCGCCACACACUUCCGCUCAACAGACCGAAACCGCUUGCGCGCCCCAGCCGUCACACACGCCGUCCUCCGUUGCGGACCACCGCGCAUACCAAUCCGCGCCACACCUCAAGCCGCGGAGCGUCCACCCUUCCAAAGUCGUUCCCGGCAACCCUUCCCCCCCGCCUGCUCAACCCUCCGCGGAAGAACUACCGCGCGCCCCAACCACCUCCUCCGGAGAGUGCUCGUCCGGAGAGCGCUCGUCCAGAGAGCGCGACCGUUCGGCGGAGCAGGGCGUCGCCGCCGUUCCCCCCCGCAGCGCUAACGAUUCAUCGAGCUCCGCCGCACCCUACUACGACCCAUCGCAAUCCGCAAUAUAUUACAACUCGAAUUACGUCCCCCAAUCCAUCCAAGACUCAUCCAAUUAUUCAGCCGCAGCCGCAGCUGAAGGCGCCGCUCCGCCACCGUCUUCAGCCGCUAUUUCGUCCGCCGACCCAGAGCCUUCUUCCAACUCGGAGCAACUCGAUUCCAUAACGUGCACACAUGGGAGCGUCUGCGACUCCGCGGCCGCCUCCGCCACCGCCUCCGCGCGGAUGUCCGCCGACCUCCCUCCGCUCCGCGAGUUCACCUACGCGGAGCUGCGCGCGGCGACGGGGGGAUUUGCGCCUGCGCACGAGAUAGGGAAGGGGGGGUUCGGAACGGUGUACCGCGGGCGGAUGGUGCUGCCUGCGGCGGACGGCGGAGAGAUGAUUGAGCGCGAGGUGGCGGUGAAAGCGACAAACGGAAAGCAGUUCACCGAGCGAGACAUGAGGAGUUUCAAGGCUGAGGUGGAAGCCAUGUCAGCAGUGAAUCAUCCCAACAUUCUGACGCUGGAAGGCGUGGCGUUCAGUGCGGAACACAGGCCGCUUCUCGUGUAUGAGCUCAUCCCUGGAGGCGACGUUUUCAACCUCCUGCGACAAGUCCGCAGGAACGAAGCACGGUUUCCGUGGAGGGAUCGUGUGAAGGCUGCGCUGGGGUGUGCCGAGGCGCUUGCUGCCAUUCAUGAGAACAAGUAUAUUCACCGCGAUUUCAAGUCAAUGAAUGUGCUUCUCCGACAGGAUCGUACUCCAGUGGUGGCUGACUUUGGGUUGGCUCGCACAAUUGAGGAUUGGAAAACACAUGUCUCAACAACCGUGGCUGGCUCGUGGGGCUACGUCGACCCAAACUAUCUUGAGACGGGCCAUCUGUGCCAAAACGCUGACACAUACGCGUUUGGCGUGUUUCUUUUGGAGCUAGUUUUUGGCUAUCAGCCCUAUGAAGAAGAGUAUAAAGAGCUGAAAAAGGUGGUCAGCCCAACGGAUUUCAAGAAACCUUCCUUGGUUGCCGACCCAACCAUGGAGGGGGAGUGGGAAAAGUUGCAUGUUCUUCAAAUCCUUGCUAUGGCUCGCUGUGCCACGGUCACCGAGCCGCAUGAUCGGCCUGCAAUGGGGCAAUUAGUGGCAGAACUUCAGCGUAUCUGGAGCGAGAUUUAG